AUGUGUAGAAAAAUACCAUUUCGUGGAGCAUUAAUCGUUUUAGAAGGAUGUGAUCGCUCUGGUAAAUCAAGACAAUGCAAACAAUUAGUAAAAUCUCUAUUGGCAAGUGGUCGACCAGCAAAAUAUAUUAAUUUUCCGGAUCGUACCACCGAUUGUGGUGCACUGAUCAAUUCAUUUUUGACAAAAAAACAAGAUUUCAAUGAUGAAACUAUUCAUUUAUUAUUCACCCUGAAUCGAUGGGAGGCCAAAAGUAAUAUGGAAAAAAUCCUACACGACGGAGUCACACUCAUUGUUGACCGAUAUGUGUAUUCGGGCGUUGCAUUCAGUGCAGCCAAAGGAUUGGAUAUUGAAUGGUGCAAAGCUCCCGAAAUAGGACUACUGAAACCAGAUUUGGUUUUAUUUCUUACGGUGACGCCAUCGGUCAUUUCAAAACGUGGCGGAUUCGGUGAUGAACGCUACGAAGUACCUGAAUUCCAAACUAUUGACAAUAUUUCCAACAAAAAAAUAGACAGGCUGUGGUAA